GACGCGAAGUUGCGUUCGGCGCACCCAUCAGUCGCAGAUUUUCGAGGAAGGGAUCAGCUUGCGCACAUCGACGAGACCGCAGUUCGCUUUAUUUUUUUUUUGUUACGCUGCCGUGAGUUUUACCAGAGAUGCAUCAUUUGAGUGCGUAAACAGAGAUUCCAGCGGGGGAGUGAUUUAUUGCACACCGAGGUGAACCGAGUGUAUCGAGGGGAUUUGCUUUUGAGUGAAUACCGAGUGGGAGUUUGCAUACAACCAGAAGCAGUGGGAUGACUACCCGAGGGAUCAGGAGAAAAAAGUCAUACCUGGCAGAGAUUAAAGUGGCUGUGAUAGGAGCACCUAGCGUGGGAAAAAGCGCGCUAACGGUUCGUUUCCUGACAAAACGGUACAUUGGCGAGUAUGAUCAUCAAGCAGAAAAUAGACACAAAUAUGAAAUCAUGGUCGAUGGCGAAGCGGUGCUGUGUGAAAUUUGGGAUACCUGUCCGAAGAUCGAAGAGAACAGCGAAGCCACCCUAACGGCCGGUUCGGAAGCCGUUCAGUGGGCGGACGGUUUGCUGCUAGUGUAUUCCAUCACCGACCGUGAGUCGUUCAACUACAUCCGCAAGGCCAAGGAGGACCUCCCGUGUGACACCACCCCGGUGGCACUGGUCGGCAACAAAGUGGACAUGGUCCACUUGCGGCAGGUCAGCACUGACGAGGGUGAAAUCCUUGCCAAAGACUUUGAGUGCAAGUUUUGCGAAAUUUCCGCCGCCGAGCAUGUGUACCAAGUGGCCGAGGCAUUCCACGACCUCUGCCGAGAGGUGAUAGCGGCCAAGCGGAAGUCGAAGCAAAGUUUCAUCGACAAGAUCGACCGGAUGCUGAGCGGGUCACGGACGUACAACCGGGGCAAGAGUGAUAGCAUUUCACCGAAGGAUUAGCAGCCACAUCUGGCUGUCCGGUCGGGAUCAGGUUCUAUACGUAAUGUGUAUUAUUAGCCAAUUUAAUAGUGCGUUGAGGAUUGGGCUCUCAUCGGUAUUAAUUGAAAUUAGUUUUUAUCUGUUUGUUGAUUUGCGUAGCAGGUCGUGGUGGGUGGGAAGUGAGGUAUUUACCAGAGCUACAGCUGUGUAGGAUUGCGAUAUAGAAUUAAUUUAUUUGAAUUUAUUUAAGUGCCUAGAUAAAUAGCAGCAGCGGUCGGAGUGGGAACUGUGGAUAAUCAAUACACCGAGGUGUUGCAAAUAAAACAGACAAAUAAGUUUGAUUAAAUAUUUAA